CGAGCGGCUACGUGGUGCCUAGUUGCCAGCUGGGGGUAAACCACAACACUAUUAAACCUCUACUGUGCUUCUAAUUAAGAGCCAGUGAAUAGAUUUUGCAGGCAGUAAACUUUCUUCAUUUAAGUGCUCUGUUAUUUUUAGGGUGUACUGAGAUAUGUAUUUGAGUCUUCAGACAACAAACAUUUUCAUAAAGGCAGACUGCAAUUACUUCUGAUCAUUGGCAGACACUGUGCCCAAUUUGAGCACGGAAAACUAAGUCAGGCUACUGAAAAAUAGGUGGGAAACUUUAAAUAUUGCUUACUGGGUUGGAAAGCUGGGAUAUAAUUUUUCUCUUAAGUUAUUCAUUCUUUCUAGGUAAUCCGUAGUAUUUAUUCAGCAUGAUGCAAGCGUAGAUAUUAAUUCAAGAGUUGGAGUAUAAAACACCUGUUGUAAUUCAGUGCCUCAAAUAAGUACUGUUUCUGCCAUGACUCUGAACUGAUUAUCAUAUAUGUUUAGUCCUAACAGGGGCUUUACUGAAAUGCACUGUAUGAGUGGCCACUCAAAUUUUGUAUCUUGUGUGUGCAUCAUACCUCCAAGUGACCUCUAUCCUCGUGGGCUGAUUGCAACUGGUGGCAAUGAUCAUAAUAUUUGCAUUUUCACAGUUGACAGCCCAGCUCCUCUUUACAUCCUUAAGGGUCAUAAGAAUACAGUUUGCAGCCUGUCAUCUGGGAAAUUUGGCACAUUAUUAAGUGGAUCGUGGGACACCACAGCCAAGGUCUGGUUGAAUGACAGAUGUAUGAUGACAUUACAGGGUCACACAGCUGCAAUAUGGGCAGUGAAAAUACUGCCUGAGCAGGGAUUAAUGUUGACAGGUUCAGCUGACAAAACUAUUAAACUGUGGAAGGCAGGCAGAUGUGAAAGAACAUUCACUGGACAUGAAGAUUGUGUGAGAGGUUUAGCUAUUCUCAGUGAAAUGGAAUUCCUUUCCUGUGCUAAUGAUGCAAGUGUUCGAAGAUGGGAGAUCUCUGGCAAGUGUCUCCAGGUGUAUUAUGGACACACAAAUUAUAUAUACAGCAUUUCCGUCUUCCCUCAGUGUAAAGAUUUUGUAACUACUGGAGAGGAUAGAUCUCUUAGAAUCUGGAAACAAGGGGAAUGUACUCAAACAAUCAGACUCCCUGCUCAGUCUGUAUGGUGCUGCUGUGUGUUAGACAAUGGUGACAUCGUAGUUGGUGCAAGCGAUGGGAUUAUAAGAGUGUUUACAGCAUCUUUGGAACGUACAGCAAGUGCUGAGGAGAUUCAAGCUUUUGAAAAUGAGCUUUCCCAAGCGUCCAUUGACACUAAAACAGGUGAUUUAGGAGAUAUUAAUGCUGAUAACCUUCCUGGAAGAGAACAUCUUAAGGAUCCUGGAACAAGAGAUGGACAGACACGGCUUAUUAAAGAUAAUGGGAAAGUAGAAGCUUAUCAGUGGAGUGUCAGUGAAGGAAGAUGGAUAAAGAUUGGUGAUGUUGUUGGUUCUUCUGAAGCCACGCAACAAACAUCUGGAAAGGUUUUAUUUGAAGGAAAGGAGUAUGACUAUGUUUUCACUAUUGACGUAAAUGAAAGUGGACCUUCCUACAAACUGCCAUAUAACAUCACUGAUGAUCCUUGGCUGACUGCAUACAACUUCCUGCAAAAGAAUGAUCUAAAUCCUAUGUUUCUGGAUCAGGUGGCCAAGUUUAUUAUGGACAAUACCAAAGGGCAAACACUGUUGAGUACAAGUGCUCAAUUUUCAGAUCCGUUUACAGGUGCUGGACGUUAUGUUCCAGGCUCUUCAUCUGGAUCAAGUACAAUGCCUGCAGCAGAUCCAUUUACAGGUGCUGGUCGCUAUGUUCCUGGUUCAGCAUCAAAUGCAGUAGCUCCAGUGGGUGGGGUUGAUCCAUACACAGGAACGGGCGCCUACCGCUCAGCUGCAGCAAAUGUUGAAAAUAUUUAUUUUCCGAAGCAGGAUGCUGUCACCUUUGACCAGGCCAAUCCUACGCAGAUACUGGGCAAAUUAAAGGAACUUAAUGGCAGUGCAACUGAAGAACACAAGCUUACAGAAGAUGACUUGAUAAUCCUAGAAAAGAUAUUGUCUGCAACGUGCAACACUUCUGCAGAAACACCCACAGCACAGCAACUUCAGACUUUAUGGAAAGCAAUUAACUGGCCAGAAGAUAUUGUCUUUCCAGCCCUAGACAUUCUUAGAUUGUCUGUCAGGCAUCCCACUGUGACUGAGAACUUCUGCAGUGAAAAGGAUCACGUACAAUUUAUCAUCCUUCUCCUUAAAUUUCUGAACCCUGAAGGAAAGCAAGCAAACCAGCUGUUGGCACUUAGAGCUCUUUGCAAUUGUUUUGUCAGCCAGGCAGGCCAGAAGCUCAUGAUGGAACAGAGAGAUGAAAUAAUGGCACAAGCAACAGAAAUGAAAUCGAGCAAUAAUAAGAACAUCCACAUUGCGCUUGCCACACUGACGUUAAACUAUGCUGCAUGUUUACAUAAAGUCAACAACAUUGAGGGCAAAGCUCAGUGUUUAUCAGUAAUCAGCACAGUUAUGGAAGUUGUUCAAGAUCUUGAAGCCAUUUUUAGACUGCUUGUGGCUCUUGGGACGCUAAUCAGUGAUGAUACAAAUGCUGUGCAAUUAGCUAAGUCUCUUGGAGUUGACUCUCAAAUAAAAAAGUAUGCCUCUGUAUCAGAACCAGCUAAGGUAAAGGAAUGCUGUAGGUUUGUCCUUAAUCUGCUAUAAUUGUUUCUCUUAGCGCUUGGGAGAUACGGUGUAUGCAGAAGAAAAAUGAUGCUUUUGUUCAUAUUUUGUGACAGACUGUAAUUGAGAAAAUACUGUGGAUGAAUUAAACUUGAUUUGUUGCAAGAUACAGAGCAAAUAAAACUUUUUACACUGUUUGUCAUUUGACUGCUUUUCUGAAGUCUGUAGUGCGCAGGAUCAUUGCAGGAAGUCCUUCUGAUGUAGCUCAGAUCAAAAUAGAUCACCAAGAGGUCAAACCAUCUCAGUACUUAAAGGUCACCUAGAUGGAAAUGUAGGAAAUGGCUGUGAUUCAGUGACUCAACUCCCAACACCCACCUCAGCCACAUUUCUGUUUCAGCGCAAUGAGUCUCUCUUGACAAUGCUUUUUGUCAGCAGAGAAGGGGCCCUGAGAACUGUUACGAACAGUUCAAUGGUGCUUUUCACAAACUUAUUAGUUAAUAUUGUUUAAUAGUAACCCUGAUCAAAUACACUGGCAAGGAAAUGGCAUCUACCUGAUUUUCCAUCAGCUUCCAUUUUGAAGCCUACCUGUUUUAUGGCUCUUGCUGUUUUUAACCUAGAACUAGGUGACAUUUUGAGGGGUAGAAUCUUUAGCUGCCAUAUAGAUGUCAUGCGUCACUGGUAAGUGAGUAUCUUGUAGCUGCUAAAAUGGCUUGAACUUCCACAAAACCUUAUACACGGGUUUUAACUUUUAAUGGCAGGAAUACUGCACCAGUUGAUAGCAAGUGUCUUACGUAUGUUGCAAAAUAUUAGAUGAUUAAAAAAAAAAAAGUCACCUUGGAAAGCUUGAGAGAAAUUUAGGUGCAGAGAACAGAUUGAGCUGCAGAAACUGGAAGAGGUGGUCGAUGCCCCAAGCCUGUCGGUGUUCAAGAGGCAUUUGGACAAUGCCCGUAAUAAUUUGCUUUAA